CGGGACCAUGCCCCCUUUGUUACUGUAGCGAGAUGGAGGAGCCGUGGGCGCGGGGGCAGCAGCAGCAGCGGCGCCGCGGCAACAACAACAACAACAACAACAACAACAGCGGCAGCGGCGGCAGCAGCAGCGGCGGCAGGAGAUGCCUCUGGUUGUACUGCUUGUGCUGCUGCGCCCUGCUCUUCCUCCUUGUGACUCUGCAGGUGAUGGUAGAAUUGGGACAAUUCGAAACAAAGGCAAUAAAAGGCGAGGAACCACACAGUGACCGAGUGGCAGAUUGGAGUCAGUUGAAAGAAACAAAACAUUUACGGAACACUGUGAAGAAAUAUUCCGACGUGGGAAUUGACUGCCCCAUUAUUCUCUGGUGGUCUCCACUGACUGGAGAAUUAGGCCGACUAGGCCAGUGUGGAGCAGAUACUUGUUUCUUCACUGUUAACAGGACCUAUCGCGAUCAUCACAAGACACGAGCCUUCCUGUUUUACGGCACAGACUUUCAAAUUAAUAGUUUGCCGCUGCCUCGGAAACCCCAUCAUGAAUGGGCCUUGUUCCACGAAGAGUCUCCGAAGAAUAAUUACAAGCUCUUCCACGAGCCCUCUGUCACAUUGUUUAAUUACACCUCCACAUUCAGCCGCAACUCUCACCUGCCACUGACCACCCAGUACCUCGAGAGCAUCGGUGAGCUGAAGUCACUUAAGUACAUGCUCCCACUGCAUGUGAAGAACCGGCUGAGGGAACAUUUGGCUCCGUUGGUGUACGUCCAGUCUGACUGCGACCCUCCUUCCGAUCGGGACAGCUACGUGCGGGAGUUGAUGAAAUACAUCCAGGUGGACUCUUACGGAGAAUGUCUACAUAACAAGGACCUUCCGACUAACCUGAAGGAUCCUACAACCAUGGAUGACGAUGCAUUCUACGGGAUUCUCGCUCAGUACAAAUUCAUUCUUGCUUUCGAGAAUGCUGUUUGUGAUGAUUAUGUCACGGAGAAAUUGUGGAGACCAUUCAAAUUAGGUGCGGUUCCAGUUUACUACGGUUCUCCAAGUAUAGCAGAUUGGCUGCCCAGUAACAAAAGUGCAGUACUUGUGAGGAACUUCUCGCACCCCAAGGACCUGGCUGAAUACAUCAUGCAAUUGGACGGUAAUGACCAGGCAUAUGAAGUCUUUCUCGAGUGGAAGCGCAAAGGCCUGAUCUCCAACGAGAAGCUGCUUACUGCCAUGAAAGAGCGUAGGUGGGGAGUCCGAGAUGUUUCCCAGGACAACUACAUUGAUGCCUUUGAGUGUGUGGUGUGCAACGGCGUGUGGGAAAACCUCAGAAGAAAACGAAAGGGCUUAUCACCAAUUGAACGGCAGGGACAAGCCAACCACCUCAGCUGCCCUGAGCCAAAGGCUUUUACCUUCUUGCAGCCCUCAAAUGUGGAGAAAGUUGUCCGAGAUCUGUGGAAGCCAAGCUUUGACCAAUCCAAGCGAGAAGCUGCAGCACUGAGGCACCUCGUGGAACUGAACCAAAACUUUACAGUGGAAAAAUUCUGGAGAAUGGUGUUUAGUGACUAAUGGCAUUGAGAUUCCCCCCCCUGAAAUCUUGCCUUUCAAGUGCUUCUGAGGGUUGCCAUAAUCCAUAAUAAGUACACUCAGUGACAGGAAUUAUUUCACAUGAAAUCCAGCAAAAUAAUUACUAGAAGCCAUGUUGCAGCCCUGUGAUUGUUUAGUUCAAGUAGACUUAACAAUUAACUGCAGGAUCAAUCAACUGAAAACAUCUCAAAUGCAUUUUUUCUCAUGCAUUUGAGAGUUCAGUAAGAACAUUUGCACAUCUCAUGGACCUUGGAAGUAUGCUGUGGUAUGAUAAGUGUUUGAAAAGUGCCCUACUAUUUCCGAUUAAGUGUUAAUCCUCUGGAAGGACUAGAAACUUACAGCACAUCGUUGGAGCAGCAGAAAUAGGAGCCUUAGAAACACGUUGUAGUUAUCUCACACCACCGUUGCGAGGCUGCAGAGCCAAGGACUUAACGGAAAGGCUAAAUUGAUGGCACAUAUUGCACGCAGUUUCAUAUCAAGCAAGAUUUUUCAUAAUAGCACAAUACAGACUUGGAUCUGACCAGCAACUGACUCACAAAAAAUUAACUAUGCAAUAGAGACUCCAAGAGUUCUCAGACUGUCUCCUACCCUCCCUCAGCCUUGCUGGAGGUGGAAUUUGAACGAGUGCCUUUUUGCUAUCUCCAGUCAACUAGUCCAAUGCUUUCACACCUUGAACUUUAGGUAAACUUCAACUCCUGAAGAUUUUUUUUGCUAUUCUUAUGAUAGAUUACACCCAUUAGCCCUGUGGUCACCAACCUGCUUUGGUUCCCUGAGCUGUAAACAGUAUGAAAUGUAACUGGUGUUAAUGGGGAAUGUGAUGUUGAGGAUGCCAUCAGAUCUACUUUGAUGACAUUAAAUGGGAUUGAUUGAAAGAUUCCAGGUAUACUGGGCUACUCCCAUUCCUCCUUCAGUUAGUUAUAACAUUCUCAUCCUUAUUUUCCAAUCCUUCAAUGGCCUUCACUUACUCCCUUAAACCUACAGCUCUUCUGGAUCUCUCUUGUCACAUCUGUGCCACACAAAUUUUCUUCACACCUCCCAGGACUGCUCGAGCCUUAAGUUCUGAAACUGCAAAAGCCCCGACAUGUUCUGACAAUUUCUUCCUCCUUAAAGCCUCAUUCCGCCCAAUUAGCUCCUUACAUGAAAAGAAAGUUGUGUUGGGUAUUGCUUCAGUGAGAUGCCCAGGAGUAAAAUCAGAAAAUGUUAGAAACACUCCAGCAGGUCAGACGUCAUCUGAGGAAAGAGAAACAAAAUUUAAGUUUCAGAUUGAACAUCCUUCAUUAGACCUGGAACAAAGUGUCUUUCAGCUUGAAAUAUUAUCCGCUGACUGACCUGCUAAGUAUUUUCAACGUUCUUUGUUGUUAUUCAAAUUUCCAGCAAGUGCUUUCUUCAUUAAUUUUCAAACACUUCCAGGUGUCUUACAAUGCUGUGCUUAGAUGCUGUUGUUCUGUAACAAAACAUUCUUGAAUGUAUUGCUCUUAUGUUACUGGUGCUGGAAUCAGUUUAGUUUGGGUUAGAUUAGUUUAGUUUAGCGAUACAGCGUGAAAACUGGCGCUUUGGUCCACCAAGUCCACGCCGACCAGCGAGUCCUGUACACUAGCACUAUCCUACACAAGAGGAACAAUUCACAAUCUUAACUGAAGCCAAUUAACCUACAAAGCUGCACGUCUUUGGAGUGUGGGAGGAAACCGGAGCACCCGGGAAAACCCAUGUGCUCACGUGGAACAUACAAACUCCGUACAGACAGCACCAUUAGUCAGGAUCGAACCCGGGUCUCUGGCACUGUAAGGCAGCAAUUCUACCGUUGCGCCACUGUUCUGCACUUCAUGUUGUCUUGCUUGAAGAUUACUUUCUCUGUUAAUUGAAUGAAGUGACCUUAAGCCAGUGCUGCAAUGCCGGAUUCCUGUGAAAUUGUUAUCAUCUGAAUAGUUUUGCAACAUAGAUGUAUAGAAUACAAAGAUUUUUGGUCUCUUUCUGCAAAAUGGAAAAUUGUAAAAUGCAGUGGAGAUCCUUUAACCACUUUGGGUCAUUUAUAAAGUUGCCUGACUCGAGGGUUUAAGAGACACAGUUGGGAAACUCUUUCAUGGAUUAACCACAGGGCCAGAUUCCCUUGGACUGGAAAAGCUGUCCUUAAUCCCCUCAAAAUAGACACAAAAUGCUGGAGUAACUCAGUGGGGCAGUUAGCAUCUCUGGACAAAAUGGAUAGGUGACAUUUCUU